AUGGUGUCUGUCGACGAGAAGCAACCCGCUGUCGGGAACACCGAGAACCUAGAGGCCGGUGAUAAAGGUUCUAAUCAUGUUUCCUAUACUGAAGCACAGAAGAAGCGGAUCGUGCGCCGAAUUGAUUUUCGCAUCAUCAUUAUCCUCGGCAUCGUGUACUGCUUCUCCCUGAUUGAUAGAAAUAACAUGGGAACGGCAUCGGUUGCCGGCAUGAAUGCCGCCUUGGGCAUGAAUGUUGCGAACAAUGGAUACUCAAUUUCCAAUCUUGUGUUCUUCGGUUUAUACACUGCUAUACAGCCAUUCGCUACUAUCCUAAUCCGGUUUUUUGGACCCCGGAAUUUCCUCGGCUCUCUCGCUCUUCUUUGGGGUGCUACAGUUAUCGGAAUGGGUUUCGUCAAAACCUGGCAUCAACUUAUGGGAUUGCGUAUCCUGCUUGGUCUAUUCGAGGGUGGAUUCUUCCCGGGUGUUGCCUACUUGUUGACUACAUGGUAUACUCGUUAUGAAAUGGGUCGUCGAUUCUCUUAUAUUUAUAUGCUUGCAGCCAUUGCAUCGGCUUUCUCCGGUAUUUUUGGCUACGGGCUUAUGCAAAUGGACGGAACGGCUGGUCUUGCUGGCUGGAGAUGGAUUUUCAUCAUGGAGGGUGUGAUAACUAUUGCCCUCGCCUUGGUUGCAUUUUUCUUGAUUAUCCCAUUCCCAGACGCCGAUGCGCACAAGGCUUUUAGAUUCCUUAACAAGGAAGAAGUCGAUUUUGUCAUUCGUACCAUUGAUGAGGACCGUGGAGACGUUCAGCUCGAGGAGUUCACCGUCCGCAGGUUCCUUAGUGGUGGCAAGGAUAUCAAGAUUUACUUCCUCGGUGCCCUUUAUGGCCUUUCGGCUGUUGUCACAUACGCUCUUGCCUUCUUCUUGCCACUUAUCCUCCGUCAAGGAAUGGGGUUUUCGAUCACUGAGUCUCUUUUGCUCACCGUUCCACCAUAUGCCUUUACUUUCAUCUGGCUCUACGUGACCGGAUGGGUCGGCGAUCGAUACAAGACCCGUGGCCCAGUUAUCAUCUUCAACUGUCUUCUCGAAAUCAUGGGAGUUAUCCUCAUCGGCUGGUCCCCCACCAAUGCCUCUAAAUACACCGGCGUGUUCUUCUGCUGUGCCGGAGCUUCCGCCAACGUCCCAAUCGCCCUGGCAUACCAAGCAAACAACAUCCGUGGACAAUGGAAGAGAGCGCUUUCUUCAGCUACUAUUGUCAUUUGGGCGGCUAUUGGUGGUAUUGCCGGUGCCUUGGUGUUCAGACCUCAAGAUGCCCCGCAUUAUAAGCCCGGUCUUUAUGCCGCACUUACAGCUGCUUCUUUGACUAUUAUUGAUACUAUUGGGUUGAUGGUUUACUUCAAGUGGGCCAAUGCUAAAGCUGAUCGCGGUGAGAAGAUCUUGGAGGAGUCUGAGGAGUUUAGAUUCACGCUCUAA